CUUCCUCCUACCCAAGGACAACCUCCACAACAAACACCAUGUGUGGCAGCUACUACGGAAACUACUAUGGCACCCCUGGCUAUGGGUUCUGUGGCUAUGGAGGCCUGGGCUAUGGCUAUGGAGGCCUGGGCUGUGGCUGUGGCUUCCGCAGACUGGGCUGUGGCUAUGGCUGUGGCUAUGGCUAUGGCUCCCGCUCCCUCUGUGGCUAUGGCUAUGGAUGCGGCUCUGGCUCUGGCUACUAUUAUUGAGGAUGCCAUGGGAGACUCUCACCCUCUAUCCUGUGAUACUGAGAUUCACUAAUUCUGAAGCCCACAUGUUCUGAGAUUUUCCCUUGAGAGAUGAUAUCCUGCAAUGGAAGUCUAAUAUGGUCUGUUGUUGAGCUACCAUCUAACCUACAAAUAUCUUGAAUUUCCAUCAUGAAACGGCAUAAGGUAAAAUUCACCUGUCAGUUCUCCUUUCAUCAGAAUGAUGGUGUCACAGCAUCUGCCUUGAUGACUUUUAUGAUGGAGCUUUUUUCUCUGUUCACCUAAUAAACACAUUUAA